AACCACUCUUCUACCUUCAAAUUCCUUCGAAUCAAUGGCGACAAAUGGCGGCAAAGGCAACGGCAACGGCAACACCUUGCCGAAGAUCCAGACGAAGAAGAGCGACGAGAUCUGCCACGACGACAGCGGGCCACCAGUGAAGGCUUGUACGCUCGAUGAAUUGCAUUCGCUUCAGAAGAAGAAGUCGUCCGUCCCGACCACCCCCAAGGCCUCUGCCGCCGCCGCUUUCUCUGACGACGACCGCCAAAAACAGCAGCUGCAGUCGAUCAGCGCGUCGUUGGCGUCGCUGACGCGGGAGACGGGGCCGAAGGUGGUGAAGGGAGACCCAUCGGCGACGAAAAAGGUAGAGACACCGCAGGCGGCGGUGGCGCAUCCGAAGCACCACAGCCACCACCACGUGGUCCCCACAAACUUGAAUAUUAGCGACAGCGCUCUCAAGUCCACUCACAUCCUAUACAAUCUCUCCCCUGCCGAACUUUAUGAGCAAGCUAUAAAGUUUGAAAAGGGAUCUUUCAUCACAUCAAGUGGAGCUUUAGCGACUUUGUCGGGAGCCAAGACUGGGCGUUCACCAAGAGAUAAACGUAUUGUGAAAGAUGAAACUACGGUUCAAGAUCUUUGGUGGGGAAAGGGUUCACCCAAUAUUGAGAUGGAUGAGCACAGUUUCUUGGUUAAUAGAGAAAGAGCUGUGGAUUACUUAUGCUCUUUGGAAAAGGUGUUCGUGAACGAUCAAUUCCUGAACUGGGAUCCAAAAAAUCGCAUCAAAGUCCGAAUCGUCUCAGCAAGAGCCUAUCACUCACUCUUCAUGCACAACAUGUGCAUCCGGCCGACUCCUGAUGAGCUAGACACCUUCGGGACCCCCGACUUCACCAUCUACAACGCGGGCCAGUUCCCAUGCAACCGCUACACGCACUACAUGACUUCAUCGACCAGCAUCGACAUCAAUCUGUCUAGGAAGGAGAUGGUGAUUCUUGGCACUCAGUAUGCUGGGGAGAUGAAGAAAGGCCUCUUUAGUCUCAUGCAUUAUCUGAUGCCGAAGCGCCAUAUCCUCUCCCUGCAUUCGGGCUGUAAUAUGGGGAAAGACGGAGACGUAGCCCUGUUCUUCGGGUUAUCAGGGACUGGGAAGACGACUCUUUCAACGGACCACAACAGGUUCUUGAUAGGAGACGACGAGCAUUGCUGGAGCGAGGAUGGUGUGUCGAACAUAGAGGGUGGUUGCUAUGCAAAGUGCAUUGACUUGUCCAGAGAGAAAGAGCCUGAUAUUUGGAAUGCAAUCAAGUUUGGAACUGUGCUGGAGAAUGUUGUGUUUGAGGAGCACACUAGAGAGGUUGACUUUUCAGAUAAAUCUGUUACAGAAAACACUAGAGCAGCAUACCCCAUAGAAUACAUACCUAAUGCCAUGAUCCCGUGCGUGGGGCCUCACCCCAAGAACGUGAUUCUUUUGGCGUGUGACGCAUUUGGUGUGCUCCCACCGGUGAGCAAGCUGAGCAUGUCGCAGACGAUGUAUCACUUCAUCAGUGGUUAUACGGCUCUGGUGGCUGGAACAGAGGAUGGUAUAAAGGAGCCUACAGCCACAUUCUCAGCAUGCUUCGGGGCAGCGUUCAUCAUGCUUCACCCGACCAAGUACGCGGCAAUGUUGGCCGAGAAGAUGAAGAAGCACGGGGCGACUGGCUGGCUUGUCAACACUGGGUGGUCGGGCGGAAGCUACGGGUCAGGAAGCCGGCUCAAGCUGGCUUACACGAGGAAGAUGAUUAACAGCAUACACUCGGGUGCCCUCCUAAGAGCAAACUUCACGAAGACAGAUGUGUUCGGGUUUGAAAUCCCAACUCAGGUUGAGGGAGUGCCUUCGGAAAUCCUUGAUCCGGUUAACACGUGGAGUGAUAAGAAGGCAUACAAGGAGACAUUGCUCAAGUUGGGAGGUCUGUUCAAGAAGAAUUUUGAAGGGUUUGUGAAUUACAAGAUUGGAGCAGACAACAAACUGACUGAGGAGAUUUUGGCAGCUGGGCCUAAUUUCUAACAAGAUUCAUUCUUGUGUUUACUAACUACAAGAUUUGCACAAGCACCAUUUUUUGUAGUACUAGGAAGCUUUUAAUAAAAUUCAUCCAUUUUAUUAGACUUUUCUUUCUUUUAUGCAAGUUGGGAUUGAUUAGUGUAUUUUUCCUUCUUACAAAAAGCUCCCAAAAUGAUGGAGAUGUUUAC